AUGAUCCCCAGGAAGAGAUCAGCAUAAAUACAGGUGCGGGACCUCAUGGAGCCCCAGGGUGAGCAGCUCCUAGGAGAACUCCCCCCAGAAGAGUCCCUGCCCAAGGACUCAAGCCUCGAGGCAGCUCCCAGAAUGCACACUCUCUAUGUGGGCCAUCUGAACCCCCAGUUCUCAGUGCCUGUGCUCACGUGCCUGCUGCGAGACACCUUGGAGCGGCUUGAGCUACCGGUGGCACGGGAGCACAUUGAGGUGGUGAAGCGGCCACGGAAGGCCUACGCACUGGUGCAGGUGGCCACUCACAAGGCCACUCUGGCCUCCCUCCCCUGGCGCCUGCAGACAGCCUCAGAGGAGCACCUGAUCCUCAAGGAGCUGGCAGCCCAUGGGAAGGAGCUGGUGCUGGGUGAGGGCCGGGGUCCCUUCAACCGCAGAGAGGUAAGUGAGACUUUACCCAAGCAAACCCUAGAGCUUUACCCUGGGGAGACGGCUGGGUGUGAAUGGCCUUUAGACUGGGGGUGCAUCCUCCAGGAGGACGACAGUGGCCGGAGUCCAAGCACCAGCCCUAGCCACAGCCCCAGACCUGGCUCCGACCUCCCACUGCCCACAGCCAGGUCGCCUAAAGGGCCCCGGGCACGGCAGCAGCAGAGCUGCCAGAGCCGACCCAGUGGUGUGUGUUCUGACAGCGCCAUAAUGUACCAGGAGAUCAGGGGCCAGGAGCAGCUCUUCCAGGGCGCCUUCCUGGGCAGUGAGACCCGCAACGUGGAGUUCAAGCGGGGAGGCGGCGAGUACCUGAACCUGGCUUUCAAGCACCACGUGAGGCGCUACGUGUGUGCCUUCCUCAACAGCGAGGGUGGCAGCCUGCUUGUGGGCAUCGAGGAUAGUGGCCUGGUGCAAGGCAUCCGCUGCAGCCACCGUGACGAGGACCGCACACGCCUGCUGGUGGACUCCAUCCUGCAGGCCUUCAAGCCCCAGGUCUUUCCCGACGCCUACACCCUCACCUUCAUCCCAGUGGUUAGCACCUCGGCCACUGGCAUGCCCCUCAAGGUGAUCCGCCUGACCGUGCACACCCCUAAGGCCCAGGGUGAGCCGCAGCUCUACCAGACAGACCAAGGGGAGGUGUUCCUGCGGCGCGAGGGGAGCAUCCAGGGCCCCCUGUCCGCCAGCGCCAUCCAAGAGUGGUGCAGGCAGAAGUGGAUGGUGGAGCUGGGCAAGCUGGAGGAGAAGGUGAAGGUGUUGACAGUGGAGAAGGAGCAGCUCCAGCAGCAGCUGCAGCGGCACUGGCCCAUCUCCUGCACCUGCUGUGUCCUGUGAGGGUCCAGCGGGCAGGACGUUGCUGUGCUUUCCACAGGGACAUGGAGGAAUUUUCCUAUUAGAGCCUAAGUCCUACCAAUAAAAUCCACCUGGGCCACUCAGAGGUGAAUGGGAGCUCCUUCACCACUGCACCUGGGCUGGUCCCCACAUGGCUUCAACCCUGAGCAGACCCUGGUCUGUGUGGAUAAGAAACUGCUCUCAGUACUAUCCUCAAGGAAUCUUACUUUCAACAAGAACUUGUAAAACCCUGCCCAAGGCUACCUAGAGCUGAGCUGUAAGGGCCGGGCUGUCUCCCUAAAAUGCUCAUUUGGCCCAGGCUGGGGUCCGUGACUCCAGUUGGCUAGACAGUGCCAGAAAGGAUUUGUCAUCUUGGAGCCCCUUGCAAAUGAUGAGACAUAUUCAGUGACUGUCAUUACAGGACAAAAAGGCCAUCCUGCAGCCCCCACCCCCGACUUGCUGGAACUUGUGGCUGUCAAAGUUUCUUAAUAAAUUACAUGCUCCUGGGGCAAGAAUCAUUCUU